AUGGAACGCUGGCUGCGGUCAAACCGCGCUGUAGCGUCCUCCCUCGUAAUCGUCUUCCUCCUUUCUGUCACCUCUCUCCACACCACCUACGCCGAAGUCUGCCCGAAAUUUACCUGCGGCGAAGGUAAAUUUCUUUACGGAAAGUUCACCGACCGCGUCGACCCGCUGGAAGAGCCAGAGCCGCUGGUGGAAGCGUAUUUCACAGGUGGCCAGAUGUACAACUACGAUUCGUACAAUAUCACCGACGAAUCUAUCGCUGACGCAAACAGCGACUGCUACAAGUUUUGCUCGGGAUGGAACGCGAAACGGAAGCCCGGCGAGGUGAAGGCCAAGUACUGGAUGUUCGAGGAGACGUGUCUGGAGGCGACGGGCGGGAUUUGCACGUGCUUCGCGAAGACGCAAUGCGAGGGGUCGAAAUCGUACAGCAGCAACUGGAUGGAGGCGGGCAGAAAGAUUAAUGGCGACUACGAGGUGCCGGCGAAUUUCACGGCGGGCGAGCUGUGCGAGCCGGGUCACAAGGGCGACCCGCAUUUCAGCGGCGCGGACGGCUCGCACUUCGAUUUCAGCGGCAAGCCGAAUCGGAACUACGCGAUCGUCUCGGAUCUGCAUUUGCAAGUGAAUGGGUAUUUCGGAGGGAGGUACACCGCGUGGGGAUCGAGGCUCAAGGCGCUGACGUGGAUCCGUGACGUCAGCGUGAUGCACGGGCACCACACGGUGGUCCUAGAAGCGCGCAAGGGGCCGGAGUUCGAUUAUAACAGCGGGUAUCUGGCACGAGUGUUGGUCGACGGGAAACCGGUCCAAGUUAAGGCGCCUGGAACGUCGCUGACUCUUUGGGAAGGAGCUACACUCACCUGGGUCUACGCGCGGCAGCAUAACGGAGACGACUAUGUCGAUGUUUUCGAUCUUGCGGUGGACGGUGUGGCGACGAUUCGGUUGACUCUACGGCCAGAGGUGGAGACAUGGAGAACGCCGAAGGACGGCACGGUGCAUUUCGGUCUGGAGGUGUUGAACGCGCAUUUCUCCCCCGGCGUGCAUGGCGUCCUGGGUCAAACAUACCGCCAGGACUUCGAUGGGAGACUUGCUGAGCAAAAGCUGGAGUGGAGCGACCUUCUCCAAGUGAUGGCUGUUCCAGGUGACAAUGCCGAGGGGUUCUUGUACGGAGGGGUUGACGACUACCAGGUGUCGGGCCUUCUGAAAUCGGAUUGCAAGAUGUGCACGUUUACCCGGGCGGAGACUGUAGACAAAGAAACCACCAUUGCACUGGCGAUGAUGGGAGGUGUUUCAGGAGGUGGUAUUUCCGCCACCACUCCCAGGAAAGCGCUCAAACCUCUCGCUGUUGCUUCUGGGGAUGCGUCCAGUUAA